AUGUUUCAUAUGAAAUAUAUCUUCUAUUGUAUUCUUUUGCAUUUCAUCAAUGCUACACCACAAUUCAAUCUUUAUUAUACAGAUUUGAAGAAUAAAAGUAAUAAUGCAUUACAAUAUAAUUGUCUACGUACUAUUACGUUUAUUGAUGAAGACGAUAUUGAUAGUUGGCGUCGUAAUUAUACUAAUCUUAAAAUUAAUGCUAAGAAUCAUCAGAUAAUGUCAUAUUGUAUGAAUGAAUUCUCAUCCAAAUAUCAUGUUCAAGAAAAAAUUAAUCAUUUUCCAAAUUUUACUUUUUAUGAACUUUCAAAACAAGGAAUAAGUAGUGAACAAUUAUAUCUUUGGUCAGC